AUGAACAAUGAGACCACAACACUGAUAUCCUUGAAGGAGGCAAUGAAAAGAGUAGACAAAAAACUCCAAGCUUUAGAAGCACAAUUCAAAGAACUAGACUUCACCAAGGAUAAUCUUACACAGAAAUUUGAAUAUCAUAGCAAGGCUUUCUCAAGCCAGGCAGCCCAAGACGAGAUGUGGACAGCAGUUCUGACCCCAAGGUUCACUUCGAUGGAACUGAAUAUUUUAUACAGCUAUGUCGUUGAAGUGCUCAUCUGCUUGCACACUCAUGUGCUUGAGAAGCUGCCAGACCUUGUGAGAGGUCUUCCCACCUUAGCCUCCAUCCUUAGACGGAAAGUCAAGAACAAACGUGUCAGAGUUGUAUGGGAGUCUGUCCUGGAGGAGUUGGGGCUGCAAGAAGGAGAUAUCACAGCACUCUGUACCUUCUUUAUUGCACAUGGUAACAAGGCAGAACACUACCCUGCUAAAGUGAGACGGAUGUACAUAAGGGAUGUCACUGUCAUGAUCACUAACAUGGUAAAGAAUCAGAUUCUGCAGAAUGGUUUACUGAAGGCUGUCCAGGUAGUUGAGAAGGGGAAAGCAGUGAAGACCUCCAAAGAGGAAAAGCCAUCCCUAAAAGAGUUGAUACCAUCAGUCAAAAAUUAA